AUGUCCAUCCAAUUUCACACCUUCUCUCUAACAUCUCCGUUUUAUUUCUCUCUCAUGUUCUCUCCAUUUUUGUUCUCUCUAACAUUCCCAUUAUAUUUCUUCUUUUCCCCUAAUAUGUCCAUCCAAUUUCACACCUCUUCUCUAACAUCCCUGUUUUAUUUCUCUCUCAUGUUCUCUCCAUUUUCGUUCUCUCUAACAUUCCCAUUAUAUUUUUUCUUUCUCUCUAAUAUGUCCAUCCAAUUUCACACCUUCUCUCUAACAUCAACGUUUUAUUUCUCUCUCAUGUUCUCUCCAUUUUUCGUUCUCUCUAACAUUCCCAUUAUAUUUUUCUUUCUUUCUCUAAUGUGUCCAUCCAAUUUCACCUUCUCUCUAACAUCCCUGUUUUAUUUCUCUCUCAUGUUCUCCUCCAUUUUUUCGUUCUCUCUAACAUUCCCAUUAUAUUUUUUUCUUUCUCUCUAA